AAUUCUUCACUCUUUUCGUUCAUGGUGGCACGAGCCGAAGGUUGGGGGCGUGUGCGUGAGACGAACAGGGCGUGGAUCCCCCAGUUAGGCUGGAAGGAGUGUGGAGGAUUUCUCCUCACAGACGCGCUGCCGGGGAGCAGCGGAGCGCGCGCGCGGAGCGCAGAGACACGCGGCGCGGAGUGAUGGAGACACCGGAGACACCGGAGACACCGGAGACCGCCAGGUUCCGCCUUUGAUGCUCCUCUGCGGGGGUCCGGACACGAAAGAAGCGCAUUUGGAGGCGUUUUACGCACCAAUUUACGCACCACUUGUGGCGCAUACCCGACGCAGCGGGUUGCUGUCCUGGAAGCCGCCGGUAACCGGAUGAUGAGGUCACCUGCUGGGCAGUGUUCCCGCGUGUGGUGUCCUCGUAUUCACGGUUGCGACCCAUGGGAUGUAGCAAAUGGAGAGCUGCGUUCAACUUCGGACUGCUGAAGGCGCAGUCCCGGCUGCCCGUCUUCCUCACCAUGAUCCUCAUCUUCACUUACCUCUUCUACAGCCUGAACGGAUACUGCGACUCCCUCCCGCGACCCGUCUUCGACCGCCGGAGUCGGAACGAAGUCGCGCCGCAGGGUGCGCUCGGUGCGCACAGCGCGUCCCCGCUGCGGGAGCAGCUGGAGAAAGGCGCGUCACUGUCCGGAAACAUUUCUAUAGCCAACAGUUUCGGCAGCAAAAAGUUCCCCCAGGCCAUCAUCAUCGGGGUGAAGAAGGGCGGGACGCGCGCUCUGCUGGAGUUCCUGCGCAUCCAUCCGGACGUGAGAGCCGUGGGCGCAGAGCCGCACUUCUUUGACCGCGUCUACGACAAGGGGCUGGAGUGGUACAGGAACUUGAUGCCUCGGACUCUGGAAGGACAAAUCACGAUGGAGAAGACUCCAAGUUACUUCAUCACCAAAGAAGCCCCUCGCCGCGUCCUCUCCAUGAGCCGCCACACCAAACUCAUCGUGGUCGUGAGAGACCCGGUGACCCGGGCAGUAUCCGACUACACUCAGACUCUGUCCAAAUCCCCCGGACUGCCCACGUUCCAGAACUUGGCCUUUCGGAACGUCACCGCCGGCCUCAUCGACACGUCUUGGAGCGCCGUGCGCAUCGGCCUCUACGCCAAGCACCUGGAGAACUGGCUCCGCUACUUCCCGCUCUCGCACUUCCUGUUCGUCAGCGGGGAGCGGCUGGUGACGGACCCGGCGGGGGAGAUGGGGCGCGUCCAAGACUUUCUGGGGCUGAAACGGGUGGUUUCAGACAAGCACUUCUACUUUAACCAGACCAAAGGGUUCCCCUGCCUGAAAAAGCCGGAGGGCAGCAGCCGACCGCGCUGCCUGGGGAAGUCCAAGGGCAGACCGCAUCCUCAGAUACCGUCUGAGGUCCUACUCAGGCUCAGAGACUUCUACAGACCCUUCAACCUCAAGUUCUACCAAAUGACCGGCCACAACUUUGGCUGGACCUGAACCAAAGAUUGUUGAAUCCUGUUGUGUUGAGAAAAUCUGUUUCCUUAACCCUUUAACUACCCAAAAACCAAAAAAAAA